AUGGAGAAUUAUGGUUUGGUUACAUACCGGGAGACUGCUUUGCUCUAUGAUGAUCAGCAUUCUGCUGCUGCUAACAAACAGAGGGUUGCAAUUGUUGUAGCUCAUGAACUAGCACAUCAAUGGUUUGGCAAAUUUUGUUACAAUGGAGCGGCCAGCAGAUUAGUACACAGAACAAGACCAAUUAAGCGAAACACAUUGAAAUUAAGCAACAGAGAUGUACCUGAAAAUAAUCCUUCAUACACCACAGUUUAUGUUGGCAACCUUCCCCGUGAUGUAACACAAGCUGAACUCCAUUGUCAAUUCCAUGCAUUGGGAGUUGGGGUACUUGAGGAGGUCCGAGUUCAGAGGGAUAAGGGUUUUGGAUUUGUCGGAUACAAUACUCACGAGGAAGCAGCACUGGCUACUCAGAUGGCUAAUGGAAGACCAGUUCGUGGGAAGACGAUGAAGUGUUCAUGGGGUAGCAAACCAACUCCUCCUGGGACAGCUUCGAAUCCAUUACCUCCUCCGGCUGCACAACCAUAUCAAAUACUUCCUACUGCAGAGAUGACCGUGUCGGCUGUUUUGAAACAGAAGAGUUCUUCUAUUGAAGGCAUAGAGAAUUGGCCCUAUGAAGCUUCUGCCUGCCAAAUUAAAAUCAAGAAGGAUCACUUGUAA